GCAAUGUCACUAAAGGAAGCCCUGGGUUUGCCACUGCUAAAGGGACAGUCCACAGAAGGUCUUGAAAUCAAGUCCAGUGUGGUUCGAGUCUUCAUCAGCUCAACUUUCUCAGAUAUGAAGAGUGAAAGAGAUACUUUGCUUGAAAAGGCAUAUCCAGAACUUCAAACCUUCUGUCAGAGACUGGGCCUUGCAUUUGAGGUAGUUGACUUGAGAUGGGGUGUUGAUGAUGCAAGUGCUAUCGAUCACAUGACCACCGAAUUAUGUUUAGAGGAGAUUCAGUCUUGUAAGAUGGUGUCAGUUGGUCCAAGUCUCACUGUUCUACUGGGAAAUCGUUACGGCCAUCGGCCCAUCCCGCGACUCAUCCCAGAGAAUGAGUUUGAACUGCUGUUGUCCAAACUGCGUGAAAAUAAAGAGGGAGUAAAGCUCCUCAACCAGUGGUUCUGGAAAGAUUAUAAUGCUGUUCCACCCAGCUAUGUCCUACAAUCAAUAACUACUCAUUUGCCUCAUUAUUCCGAUACUCGACCUGAAGUUAAUGUACAGCAUGACAAAGAUGUCAUUACCUGGCAACACACCGAAGCUCGGCUGCUGCAGCUGCUACGCACUGCCGCCCUGCAGACUGAGAAGGAGGGAGGUAUCAGUGCAGCGCAGAGGCACAAGUUCUUCAAAUCUGUGAUUGAGUGGGAGAUUGAGAUGGGCCUUCUGGGGAGCAGAAGGAGGGACCAAAACACAAUACUCUUUUUGCGGGAGCUGCCGCGACUGAAGAAAAAUGACAAUCAGAGGAAAAUUUCACAGCUUAUUGACAUUACUGCCGAUGGCCUAGUAGACACUGAGGCACAGGACCUCCUUUCAGCCCUCAAGUCUCAGAUCUAUGCCACAUGUUCUGACUUCCUCAGCCUCCACUGUGUGGACCUAAGCAAAGGCAGGAUCGAUCCCAACUGCAAAGAACAUUCUCAAUACCUCCAGAGCUUGUGUGAACAGUUCAUCUCUCAGAUGAAGGCAAAGAUCAGCAGGGCCACUACAUGUAGAGCAGAGGCGAAUGGAACCUUACAAUCAGAGUGGAACUGGCUUUCCCAAGAGAUUGCUCAUCACAUGAUGCUAAGCUCUUCUAAAUGCAUUGUUUUCCGUGGAAGGGAGAGUCUCCUGGGUAGACUCUGCCUCUGCAUGUGGGAAUCUUCUAACUCCUUUCACGGACCCCUCAUUGUGUUCGGGCCUUUGGGCAUUGGCAAGACUGCACUGAUGUGCAAGCUAGCUCAGGAAAUGCGUGGAGUCCUGGGCCCAAAGGCGGUGGUGGUGUUGAGAUUAUUGGGAACCUCUCCUCUGAGCUCCGAGAUUAACACUGUCCUUAAGAGUGUCUGUUUCCAAAUAUGUGGAGCACUGGAUAUCCCACUUCCUGACUCAGUGACCACCAAUUCCCAUGAGGAUCUAGUGAGAUUCUUCCACGCCAUUCUUAUCAAGGUUUCAGACAAGAAGCAGUCGCUCCUCAUUAUGCUGGAUGGCUUAGACCAAAUUUGUAAAAGCAACCAUGCACAUAAGCUGCACUGGCUGCCCAAAGAAAUUCCCCCAAAUGUCCACUUUGUGGUGUCCACCGGGGAUGCUCUGCUCACGGCCUUGAAGAGUUUUGAUGGAAUUAUACAAGAAAAUUUCUUUGAGGUUGAGCAGUUGACAUCUGAACAAGUCAAAGAGAUUGUAAAUGUGUAUAUGGGCACAGUGAAGCGGUGCCUGACUUCGGAACAGCUGAAUGUGGUCCUGAAUAGCUUCCAGAUGUCUGGCCACCCACUCUUGCUGACGCUAACCCUCAGUUUAGCCAGCCAGUGGGCAUCCUACACCCCUGUUUCAGAGCUCCAGGUGGGCAGCACCAUUCAGGAGGCUAUCUCACUACACUUUCAGAACCUGGAGCUGAAACAUGGGAAACAACUUGUCAGCUCUGCACUAGGAUACAUUGUUUCAUCUAGAGAUGGAUUGUCAGAGGCAGAGCUCUGUGAUCUGCUCUCAUUGGAUGAUGAGGUCCUAGGUGAAGUCUACCAGGACAGGUUGCCUCCAAAUCACACCCUUGUCCGCCUCCCCCUUCUCCUGUGGAUCCGACUUAGGCAUGACCUUACAGCAUACCUGGAUGAGAAACAGGUUAAUGGAAUGAAGAUGCUUGGUCUCUGUCACAGACAGGUUAUUGAAAUAGUUUCAGAGAGGUACCACAUGGCAGAACGAAGGGUGGCGUGUCACAGGGUCCUCUCAGAGUACUUUCUGGAUUAUUGGAGUCAGGGCCGGUUCAAGCCUUUGUUUCUUCCUUCCCUGAAGACUAAACUGAAUGCUGACAGGAAGGUGUGCCCUCAGCCACUCUGGUUUGCAGAGGAUGUCGCCAACAAGAGAAAGCUGCGGGAGUUGCCUUAUCAUCUUAUCCAUGCCGGCUGCUGGGAACAACUACACCAGGAAGUCAUUGGAAGUACAGAAUGGUUAUUGUGUAAGACUGUGACAUGUGGGGUCAACAGCAUUGUCGAGGACCUGUCUCUUUGUCUUGAAGUACAAGAUUUUAAAGAAAUACAGUUAAUCAAAGACACAUUCCUACUCAUGCAACCAACUAUUGAUUGCGUUGAUGGAAAAAUGGAUCCAUCCCUUUUCUACACUGAGAUUUUUGCCAGACUAUACACCCUUGCAGAGGUGUACCCUUCACUAAUUGGUCGUCUGUGCUCCCAGUGUCAGCACUGGUUCAAUUCCUGUCCCAGUCCUGUUCUUGUCCCCACCUGUGGCUUCUUCCAGUCUCCAGGAGGAACUCUGAAAACAACCCUAACUGGCUUCCACAGAGGCAUCACAGGAAUGGAUAUUUGUCUGGAGAAAAAACUCUUGGUGGUAGGCUCUGAAGAUACAAAUGUGAUAGUAUGGGACCUUGAAGACUUAGAGGCUAUCCAUACACUUACUGGACACACAGCUGGGGUGCAGUAUGUGAAGAUCGUAAAUAGGGGAACUUGCUGUCUUUCCUUGGCUUGUGAUGGCAGUCUGAAGCUAUGGAACCUGAUCAGUGGCAGACAGCUGUACUGCAUCCAGGCACAAGUCUCCUUCAGCUCCCAGCAACCCCCACAGAUCCAUAUGAUUGAAGAAAAAUCCAUGUUAUUUUCCACAGACGGACUACAGGCCAAAGCAUGGGACCUCAAAACAGGAGAGCUCAUCUUCCAGAUCACAGGAGGAGAUGAGCAGAUGACAAUAUUAGGUGUCCUUGAUGAAGACCUUGCAGUCCUCUCUUAUGAAGGAGCCCUUACCUUCUAUGACUUGUCUACUGGAACAGAGAAAAGACAAAUUUGCAUGACAAGUCAUGAGAACCUGUCGCCAACAUGCACCUUCACUCUUAAAACACAAGGCAAACUCGUUGUGGGAUCUGAGGAUGGUUCAAUUUAUCUGGUUUCAAACGAUGGGAUCGAGACUGUCACAAAGCUGUCCUCUCCAGUUGCAUUUCUGCAUGCAUCUGACAAUGAGCAUUUGCUGUGUGCAGGUUUUGAGAAGCAGGUAGCCAUGUUCCAUGUCAAGAUCAACUUAGUGGAGAGGUUCCUGGCUCAUGCUUUCCAACAUGAGGACAUUGUACUGACAGCAGCGACACCCGACCAUCACAGAGUUCUCAUCACAGGCUCACAGGAUCAUGUUAUAAGGACAUGGUGUUUGUCCACAGGGGAUCUCCUCGAUUCCUUCAUUGGAAUGGGGGCCCCUGUCACUGCCCUGGCUGUGUUUGAGGAGACGGUUAUCUCUGCCUCCAGAAGCACCCACUGCCUGAAGCUCUGGACGCUCAGAUACAAUCGCAAGCACAAGCUGAAUAAUUGCUUCCCAGACAGCAGCCCCCUUGUUACGCUGUCACGUGAUGGUGAACAAGUGUAUUUCCUGAAACACGGUGACAGAGCAGAAGUUGUCCAGUGGGACUGUCGAACUGGCAGUGCAGCUGAAACAAUUGCAGUGUCUGCUGAGGUGAGCUGCAUGGAGCUGGCCCAGAAGAAGAAGAUGCUCUUCUGUGGGGUAAAAACGGGCACAAUCCUGAUCUACCCACUGGCAUAUGCACCAGAGACCUUGUGUAUCCCCCCUCCCGAGACCCUGCCUGCGGUGCAUUGCAUGGUGGCCAGCGCUGCAGAGGACAGCAUGGCCGUGGCUUACCAGGACAGCAUCUGUGUGUUUGAGAUCACUGAGAGGGAUAGUUUCCCAUGCAUUGAAGGCCCCUUCCACAAACUGCCCCUCUCUCUACUCCAUUCGCCGAUCUCCUCCAUAGGUUUGCUGUCGGACUGCAGGUUAAUCAAAGGAACGGAGAGCGGAGAGGUCAUGCUUUAUGACUUUAAGAAUACCUCAGUGACCUCCAUGGACAGACAUCAAACCAAGAUCACAUGUGUCACAGUGAGUAACAGCGGAUCGCUCGCCCUGAUUGCCUCCCAGGAUUCGGUGCAAAGGCUGUGGAAUUUGUCACCGCUGGAGCUGAAGUACACAAUGGAAUACAAGGGCUUCUUCUUUGAAGGGGUCCUGUGUUCUGCUUUUUCAGAAAACGAUCAGUAUAUUUACACGGGGUCCCAGGAUCGAACUAUCAAAGUCUGGGAUGUCGUUAAUGGAAAUUUACUAGUUGCCCAGUACGUCUAUGCACCCGUUACCAAAAUUCUGUCGUACAAGGAUGGGUUUGUGGCUGUCUCUCAACUAGGACAGGUGAUCAAAGAGAAGUUCUCCUGUCCAAAGAAAGUCAGCCUGUGGCAUAACCCAGUGAAAAAUAUCCGGGCCAAGUAUCGAGUAAUUUCCAGAGUGAGGGGGUAUGAAUCUCAACGUUCAAGCAACACAGCAACGGCUGAGCCCAAGCCACAUCAGCUGAAUGUCACUAAGAUGAAGUCUCUGCACACUUGCAAUGUGCUUUAA